CACUUACAUCCACUUCUACCAUGACACGAGGUCGUUUGGACUUCUUGUAGCUGUGCGACACGCCCAUCACACGCUGCGAGUGCUGGAGGUGCGCGGUGUUACUUAACCGAGGACUGUUCCUGCUCCGAGUCUGCUCAGUGCUCACGACAUCUCCGUACAGGUACUAGUAUUCUUCCCUUCUUUCAGUGAAUCGCCAAAGGGCGCAAGCACUCUCGAGCAUGUACGACGAAAGCCAGCCGCCCUCCCCAGUGAACGCGCUCGUCGCCCUCGCCUCGUUCGAUCCCGAAUGGCGACCCAUUCUCCACCUCUCGAACCAGGUCGUAUUGUAUAACCCGACUUCGCAUGCCCUCUCCAUCCACAAACACCCCAGAGACACCAGCUCCGGCCUCGUUCAACGCCACGCAGGUAAUCGCUGUCCGUUUUGUCAUCGAACCCUACCCACCGAAGUCCACCCGGAGCAGCACGGUGAUGAAAGUGACAUGGACAGCGAACUUGAUCUGGAUGUAGACGACGAUAUUGCUCAUUCACGCCCGCGCAGCCGGGCGGCGAACUACUUUCAGUUGUUGCAGAUUGCGAAUGAAACCGCAUCACGGCCGGGGACUGGGCGUACGGCGAGGACGAUCCCAAGCGGGAGCGCUAACGGUUCAGGCUCGGGUGCGUUCAAUCCGGAGAAUAUGGCAGAGGGUUACUUCAAGGCGUUCUUCAAGGAGGAGUGCAGGCUCGGCAUGGGCGCGAACGGCUCUGUGUUCUUAUGCCAGCACAUGUUGGACGGCAAUUCGCUUGGGCAUUUCGCAGUGAAGAAGAUCGCAGUAGGCCAGUCUCACUCAUACCUGCUGAACAUCCUGCGCGAGGUCCGGCUCUUGGAACGUCUGCAUCACCCGAACAUCAUUACCUAUCAUCAUGCGUGGCUCGAGACUUGCCAGUUCUCUUCGUUCGGUCCGCAAGUGCCCACGUUGCACGUGCUGAUGCAAUGGGCAGAAGGCGGGAGCCUCGACGACUUCAUCGACGCCCGGCUCGGCCGUAGUGCCACGAACCUCCCGCAUGCCGCCACGAUGAGCGCUUCAUCGUCACCCAGCGCGUCCCCUGCCCCCGAGGCACCGCCCUCGCCGAAUCCGAACUCGCGCUCGGCGCGUAUCAAGGCAUUUCGUGCGCUGCAGCGGGCAUCUCCCACAGAGCGCGAACGAUUGAAGCGUGAACUCGGGUUGGCAGCGGAUGGUCUAGCAGGGACCAAGGGACCUGCGAACUGGAAAGCGGUGCACCUGUUAAGUGCGGAGGAAGUGAAGAGCCUGUUCGGGGACGUAGUGUCAGGUCUUGCGUUCUUGCAUGAGAAAUCGAUCCUACACCUUGACCUGAAGCCAGGCAAUGUGCUACUGACAUGGGAUGAGGGCCGACUGAUCCCUCGCGCAAUGCUCUCCGACUUCGGUACAUCGCAGGACAUGCUGAAAGCUCGAGCACGAUCUGGCAACACUGGAACCCUCGAGUAUUCGUCUCCUGAGUCGCUCCCUUCGCCGACCGGCGAGUUGCUGCAGGUCGACUCUAAAUCAGACAUGUGGUCUGUCGGGAUGAUCCUGCACAAGUUGCUAUUCUUUAGGCUUCCCUACGCAAACUCGUCAGACAACACUCGCAGCGGAAGGGAGGCGCCGGAUCAGCUUGAACAUGAGGUUCAGACGUAUGCUGGCUUCAAAUCCUCUGGUUCCCUCAUGACAGCAUUUGAGUCAAGACGGCUGCCACGCGCCUAUCUCGUCCUCCUCGAAGGACUUCUCAACAUCAGCCCGUCUAUACGGCCCUCUUCUGAACGAGUGCUUGGCGCGAUUCGCGAGGGUAGGCUCGAUCCUCUUCGUGAGGAAGGCACUCCGCGGAGCAACUCACUUGUUCCCAUUCCCAUCCCCAUCCGCCGAGUGUUCGACGCCGCGACCUCGUUCGUCGAGUCAACACCACAGACGCCGGAACUAGAUGUUCGUGUCUCCGCGGAACUCGACGCGAGUGCGAAGAGGUCGCCGAAGCCUGCCCACGUUGAGGAGAAGAAGCGAGCAUUCAACGUACCUUCACUGGCCUUCAACACCAGCGGGGUGUGGGCACGAACAAUUCACGUUGGCGGGCGACAGAUCCAUGUGCGGAUCCCACGCGUGAUGUGGCCAAGGACAGUCAAGUCAUGCGUACUCAUGCUCAAGGUGUGGAGCAUGACCCGCAUGUGUCCUGACGCACAUCCGCAUCUGCUGUUCACGACGUUCAUUCUCGGCAUCGCUGUUGCGGACACCUGGUUCGAUAGCAUGUCGUUCACGUUGAUGCUUGCCGUGUUCCAUAUCGUCAUUGUGCGGCUGGCGUGCUGGAGCGGACGAUGCUGCGUGUAGGCGGCGGUGGCGCGAACGUCGGACAACUCCAUAUCAUCGCAUCGUCUUCUAUCGGACAGUCUAUCACGUCUUACGAAGUCCAUCGUAUCAUGCAGCACAUCCUAGAAUAUAUGACCACCAUGCCCUUGAUUUGCCAUUUGUAUUUGUACAAGCACCUCUGAAUGCCGUCAGAGCGAG